AUGUCUGUUGACGCUCACGAUUAUGCACCCGAGCAAGGAGUGCCAUCCGUUGACAUCGAGGCUCAAUCGCCGCUCAGUACAGUUGCUACUGCUGCGCCUCAGGGGGACUCCUCUUUUUCAGCACCAGUUCGUGUCGACUCGGCUUCCACGAUAAGGCACCGCUCAAAACGGACUAAUACUCUGCGCUCUUACUAUAGAGAUGGCCUCAGCCCCGAGCGUCACUGGGAGGCUGGCAAGGAGCCUGGAAUAGACCCUAACACGGCUCUGCCGCUAGCUGAUUCAGAAUGGACUCUGCUUCCUGUCGAGCUCCAUCGCAGUUGCGAAAUUACGGUCGUUGAUUUUUCGCAGGAAGAAAUGCGCCAUUAUGUCUUGGACAACAGCUCGCUUGAGCAAUUUCUUGAACGCGAAAAAGAUCCCUGGGUGCAAUGCCGUUGGAUCAACGUCAAUGGGCUGAGCUGGGAUGUGAUUCGAAUAUUGGGAAGAUAUAAAAACCUUCACAGACUGGCGAUUGAGGACUUGAUGCAUCCACAUAACAGAACCAAGGUGGAUUGGUAUUCGGAUCAUGCUUACAUAGUAAUGUCGCUGCAGAAACUUGAAAAAAUACGCCGCCAUGAGGAUAGCGAUAGUGAUAGUGCCAGGAAACCUUCCGAUGAUGAUAGCAGUUCGGAGUCGGACGAUAGUCUGCCGCCAGUCGCCACAAGAAGACGAAAAUGGAACCUCAUCACGGCUGCUCUCCAGGAUUUGCUGACCCCUAGAAACCGGAUACAAUAUCGGGUAGAGGACAAGUUCAAAGGAUCCGACAAAACCCCAAGGGAUGGCGGACUGCCAUUCAACAUACACAACAGAGACUUUCUAAAGAAAUCUCCCAUGCCGAGGACAUUGCAGCGCUAUAAAGGCGGGCCUAACGAAGAAAGGAUAGAGUUCAUGGAACGACAUGCAGUGCUGGCUUCCCAGGGGUUACGCGUGACCUUAGAGCAAGUAUCUAUAUUUCUGAAUGCCGACAACACCGUCCUAUCUUUCUUCGAUGCUAGCGCAAGCGAUAUUGAAGCUCCAAUCGUUCGACGACUGAGUUCUCCUGAGACCAUUCUACGCCAAUCCUGUGACGCGAGCAUGCUUGUCCAGGCUAUUCUAGAUGCUAUUGUUGACCUUGCAAUUCCAGUCACUCUCGCUUAUCAAGAUGCGAUAGGAGACCUUGAAGUUGCAGUGUUGACGGACCCCAGUAUAGAGCAAUCAAAGCUUCUAUAUAUUCUGACAUCUGAGAUCUCAGUGCUACGCAAUGCUAUGCAGCCGAUGGUGGCGGUUAUUAAUGCACUUCGAGAUCGCCGCUCGCAACCUGUACAAAUACCGGGCCUCGGUACUCUCAACACCGGCCCUGGGAAUACAGCAAACGCAAAUAUAUCAGCCGGGAGUUCCUCUUCUGGACUUCCUUAUAUUGGAAGUGGCGUCCCAAACCUGAGAAACAGCGGUUCAACAAUCACUGUUAGCGCUAUGUGCCACACGUAUCUGGGUGAUGUUCUGGAUCAUUGCAUAACAAUCACAGAAGGCUACGAUCAGAUGAGGCGAUCUGCAGACAACAUGAUUGACCUGAUUUUUAAUACUAUUGAGAAACCCUCAGGUGCCUAUCAAAACGAAAGCAUGAAGCAGCUGAGCUUAGUGACAGCCCUGUUUCUUCCCCUGACUUUUUUGACAGGAUAUUUCGGAAUGAACUUUGUCCGCUUUGAUGGUGUUCAGGAACAUAGCGAUGCGUAUUUCUGGCAGAUAGCCGUCCCAUUUGUUGUCGUAACGACCCUAUUCCUCAUGCGCGAUAUGAUCGGGCGAUACUUCUUGAAACUGGCACAGAGAAGACUGUUCUUUAGCUCAAGGAAGCAUCGACGUGACAGAAAACGCGGGAGAAAGACAGAAUAA